CUAUUCAAUGACACUUGAACAUGAUAAUCCUCCCCACUGUUUACACAAAGAUCCGAUACCUCCCUUUAUGAUUAAUUUGGCUGUCUGGCUUUCGCAAACACUAAUUAAAGCGCCUCACGCCAUUCUAGAAUUGUCGAGUUCGCUGCCUCGUUUCGAAUUUAAUAGAAUACAGAAAAAGCCCCUUCGAAUAACUAUACCCCAUAGUCAUACAUUAUUGUAUUGAUGAACCCCCACUUGUAUAUACACCCAGUCUUCGCAUGAGCUGUAAAUUUUUGGACUGGUUUAUAUUUUAAUUGUAUCGAUAACAUUCAUUUAUAAAUAAUACUUUUCUCUCACGCGUGUAUCUUAUAUAUUUUAACAUUAACGUCAUUUAUAAUUGUAUAUCACUUAAAUUUAUACCACCUUAUAUUUAUACUUCUGUUUUCUAUUCGUGAAUUAAUUUCAUUAUCAUCUAACCUGUUAAAUGCAUAAUUACCUUCAAACUAAACAAUUGUGAACACUAUCAUUGUGAAAUUAAUUAUAUUAACUUUGUAUGUAAUAAAUUGUAAAUACUUGUUUUUUUCAAUUACACGGGCGCUGGCAUGUGCCAGGCUCAACGGAAAAAAAAAAAGUGAUCAAGAAGGCGUUUCUUCCAGGGUGAGGCCCUUCCAUUGCAGUUCGGUUGGGCUGACCCCUGCGAUUACCCCAAACGUGGGUAACUCGACCGUACAAUUUCUGGUAGUGGGGACCUGCGUUCGCGCUAGUCCCCUCACAAUUGUCUAAAGAAUCCAGCCAACCCAAGCAGAAUCCCACAAGCAGUUCCUCAAAUAAAGCCGCCCAUUGCGCCUUCUUGAUCACUCUCAAUAUACAAUAUACAAUAUACAAUAGAGGUAGAUUGUUAUACAAAGACUUGUCAUUGUUUGCUUUGCCUUUGUCUGCCUUAACCUUGUUCGUCGUCUGCCGUAGUAAUGUUGUCUUAAAUAUGAUCCUUUCAAGCAGGACAAUCAUCGUUUCUGAAAUGUUAUGGCUUUAGCAUGCCUAUCUUGCAGCAUUUGAUAAAAAAGGCCAAAUUAAUUCAAGUUCAACACAGAAAAAAAUCUUCCUGUCCAAAUAUACAUACUUUGCAACUUUCAGAGCAGCAUGUUGCAAAUCUCAAGCAAACUUAUCUUCAAUUCAAAUUCAAAUUCGAAUUCAUUUAAUGCAUCAAAAUAUGUUAUAAAAGUUUGUCUAUAAUUAUACUAAAUAGCAAUAAUCAAGAAGCAAUGAUAAGAGCUUCAUAGUGUCACUUAGCAUUUGAGAAUUAGAAACUUGGUAAAGUCAAUUGACAAAGUGAAAGUGAAAGUCAAAACAAUUCAGGCAAAAAUUGAGGCAAGGAUUUCUGUAUCAUUGCAAGAAGAAUCUUGGGCCUAUGGAAAUCUGCAUGGCCUAUUUUUCACAAUUCCAAAUCAAAUACUUUUUUUAGAAGACAUUCGUUCUAAUAGCCAUUUGUAGGGAUGAUUGCAAAACAGAGUUUUGUUUUUAUUUCCCUUUAUGGUUUCAUGGUUGGUUCUAAUUGUUGGAGUGGCAAGAUGCUUUUUGGUUGCUUAGCGGGUUUGAUAUCCAUGUCAAGAAAUCUAACUUGCAGCCAAGCUGACCAUCAUUACUGGGGAUGAGCUGCCUGCACUUGAACGAGUCUCGACAACAACCAACCCCCCCCCCCAAUACCCAUUCUGAAGAUUAUGUAACUUAAUUUCGGAAAAAAUCUUGGAUAUUUUGGCAAUUUUUGCAGCAUAAAAUUGAAAAUAUUGAUUUUCAUGAGUAGGCUUCAAUAAGCUGGGCUUUCAGGGAUUGUUCAAUUCCCAAUAAUUACAUGACAGGCCAAUUGUGAAAGUGUCUUCGAUGGAUACCAAAGUGACUUGUAAAAAAAGAACAAUCACAAAAGCAUUUUGAUUCAUAGAGUUCAAAAAACCAUCACUGAUCUCUUAUCGUUCGACGUUCGAACUAUGGUGAACCUUUCCUUCAAUUAUAUAAACUCUUUGGGUUUGCCACUCGAGUAAUGAACAAGUGUCUAUAUGCAAGGUUUCGGCUUUCUUAGAAUCAUAUCAUCAGUCAGUGACAGAAUGCAGUCAUAGAACAGCUUCCAUCCUCUCAUCUUCUCAGUUUAUCCCGUUCUCCAAUCCGACUGCCACAAGGAAAGCUGAAAGUUAAGUUUAAUCUUCUUCCCAAUGAUAGUCUAGUGGUCUUUUUGCCUCUUGGGUCACGGGGAGGCUCGUUCAUGAAUAGAUAGUAAGAGGAAGCACAACAACACGGAGCAACAGCGCGCGCUGUAGAACUUAAGCCAUAUUUUUUCGAAGAAAGCGACUUUCCCUGCUGUUGCAGCUCACAACUGCUGCUGCAUGCUGCUGAGUGGCCAUGUGAAGCCGAAUAACUCAUUCACUAACUCACUUACCUCGACGACGUUCUUCAACAUCCACAGAUUGACUACUUUGCUGCUGGAGUGAGGGAGCAGGCAGGCAGGCAGGCAGGCAACAGGCAAAAAAACUGAGCGCUCCGCAAGCAACGAGGCAGACUUGUGGAGAGUCUGAACUGAAGACAUGAGACUGGGUAUCGCUUCUCGGCCUUUUGGCUAAGAUCAAGUGUAGUAUCUGUUCUUAUCAGCUUAAUAUCUGAUAUGCGCCCAAGGGCGCUCAAAUAUUAAACUGAUUUUUGGAACUAGCUUGUCGGCAUGAGGCUUGCCUCACCGCGAGCACGGGUUGCCCUGGCAUUGCAGUACAGCCAUGGGUGGCCCAGCCCCUUUUCAUCAAUUGGCAAGAAAACAACGAUUUUCACAUUUUCACAGUUGCAAUCAUUCAAGUCCAUAUUGUUGAUAUGACUGGCUAACUAACUACAAUGUUAACUAGGAGCUAGGUAACAUUGUAUGUAGUUGGUUGCUUUUCCAUAGUAGUUAAGUAGUUUAAACCUUGUACUAGACCUUGUUUUAUUUAUGAUUGUUAAUCAAAUAUACACAGACUGCGAAGCCUUCAACGUGUUGUGUUUUUGUGUUCUUCUGAUCUUGCUUUUUUGUCUGCCUGCCUGUUUAGUAGUCAGUCAUUUCUAGCUACCCCUCUUUGUGUGCUCAAAAAUUCAAGGCUUAUUUUCAAUUUCAGACGACUGCUGGCUGACUCACUACUUAUCGAGCAAGAUGCAAGAUUAGUUUUUCUUCACGAAAGGGAUGACGACUGCUGGCUGACUCACUACUUAUCGAGCAAGAUGCAAGAUUAGUUUUUCUUCACGAAAGGGAUGAUUGACUACUUUGCUGCUGGAGUGAGGGAGCAGGCAGGCAGGCAGGCAGGCAACAGGCAAAAAAACUGAGCGCUCCGCAAGCAACGAGGCAGACUUGUGGAGAGUCUGAACUGAAGACAUGAGACUGGGUAUCGCUUCUCGGCCUUUUGGCUAAGAUCAAGUGUAGUAUCUGUUCUUAUCAGCUUAAUAUCUGAUAUGCGCCCAAGGGCGCUCAAAUAUUAAACUGAUUUUUGGAACUAGCUUGUCGGCAUGAGGCUUGCCUCACCGCGAGCACGGGUUGCCCUGGCAUUGCAGUACAGCCAUGGGUGGCCCAGCCCCUUUUCAUCAAUUGGCAAGAAAACAACGAUUUUCACAUUUUCACAGUUGCAAUCAUUCAAGUCCAUAUUGUUGAUAUGACUGGCUAACUAACUACAAUGUUAACUAGGAGCUAGGUAACAUUGUAUGUAGUUGGUUGCUUUUCCAUAGUAGUUAAGUAGUUUAAACCUUGUACUAGACAUAGUUUUAUUUAUGAUUGUUAAUCAAAUAUACACAGACUGCGAAGCCUUCAACGUGUUGUGUUUUUGUGUUCUUCUGAUCUUGCUUUUUUGUCUGCCUGCCUGUUUAGUAGUCAGUCAUUUCUAGCUACCCCUCUUUGUGUGCUCAAAAAUUCAAGGCUUAUUUUCAAUUUCAGACGACUGCUGGCUGACUCACGACUUAUCGAGCAAAAUGCAAGAUUAGUUUUUCUUCACGAAAAGGAUGGUGAGUACAUCAGUUUUAUAUUUCAGUAUAUUUCAGUACUUGAUCAUCUUCCUCGUCAGACUGAACAUUCUUCACUCAAUAUUCAACAUAUCGAUCUAUUCAGAGAGUACUGAAACAGCCUUCCCACAUGUGUCGGCUUGUUUCUGCAGCCGCCGAGUUGUCAAUAGCCAAAAUGGUAGUUCAUACUUACCUGACGGGGAAGACAACGUGAUCAAGAAGGCGUUUCUUCCAGGGUGAGGCCCUUCCAUUGCAGUUCGGUUGGGCUGACCCCUGCGAUUACCCCAAACGUGGGUAACUCGACCGUACAAUUUCUGGUAGUGGGGACCUGCGUUCGCGCUAGUCCCCUCACAAUUGUCUAAAGAAUCCAGCCAACCCAAGCAGAAUCCCACAAGCAGUUCCUCAAAUAAAGCCGCCCAUUGCGCCUUCUUGAUCACUCUCAAUAUACAAUAUACAAUAUACAAUAGAGGUAGAUUGUUAUACAAAGACUUGUCAUUGUUUGCUUUGCCUUUGUCUGCCUUAACCUUGUUCGUCGUCUGCCGUAGUAAUGUUGUCUUAAAUAUGAUCCUUUCAAGCAGGACAAUCAUCGUUUCUGAAAUGUUAUGGCUUUAGCAUGCCUAUCUUGUAGCAUUUGAUAAAAAAGGCCAAAUUAAUUCAAGUUCAACACAGAAAAAAAUCUUCCUGUCCAAAUAUACAUACUUUGCAACUUUCAGAGCAGCAUGUUGCAAAUCUCAAGCAAACCUAUCUUCAAUUCAAAUUCAAAUUCGAAUUUAUUUAAUGCAUCAAAAUAUGUUAUAAAAGUUUGUCUAUAAUUAUACUAAAUAGCAAUAAUCAAGAAGCAAUGAUAAGAGCUUCAUAGUGUCAAUUAGCAUUUGAGAAUUAGAAACUUGGUAAAGUCAAUUUGACAAAGUGAAAAUGAAAGUCAAAACAAUUCAGGCAAAAAUUGAGGCAAGGAUUACUGUAUUAUUGCAAGAAGAUUCUUGGGCCUCUGGAAAUCUGCAUGGCCUAUUUUUCACAAUUCCAAAUCAAAUACUUUUUUUAAAAGCUAUUCGUUCUAAUAGCCAUUUGUAGGGAUGAUUGCAGUUUUUUAUUUCCCUUACAUGGUUUCAUGGUUUGUUCUAAUUGUUGGAGUGGCAAGAUGCUUUUUGGUUGCUUAGCGGGUUUGAUAUCCAUGUCAAGAAAUCUAACUUGCAGCCAAGCUGACCAUCAUUACUGGGGAUGAGCUGCCUGCACUUGAACGAGUCUCGACAACAACCAACCCCCCCCCCCAAUACCCAUUCUGAAGAUUAUGUAACUUAAUUUCGGAAAAAAUCUUGGAUAUUUUGGCAAUUUUUGCAGCAUAAAAUUGAAAAUAUUGAUUUUCAUGAGUAGGCUUCAAUAAGCUGGGCUUUCAGGGAUUGUUCAAUUCCCAAUAAUUACAUGACAGGCCAAUUGUGAAAGUGUCUUCGAUGGAUACCAAAGUGACUUGUAAGAAAGAACAAUCACAAAAGCAUUUUGAUUCAAGGAGUUCAAAAAACCAUCACUGAUCUCUUAUCGUUCGACGUUCGAACUAUGGUGAACCUUUCCUUCAAUUGUAUAAACUCUUUGGGUUUGCCACUAUGCCGAGUAAUGAACAAGUGUCUAUAUGCAAGGUUUCGGCUUUCUUAGAAUCAUAUCAUCAGUCAGUGACAGAAUGCAGUCAUAGAACAGCUUCCAUCCUCUCAUCUUCUCAGUUUAUCCCGUUCUCCAAUCCGACUGCCACAAGGAAAGCUGAAAGUUAAGUUUAAUCUUCUUCCCAAUGAUAGUCUAGUGGUCUUUUUGCCUCUUGGGUCACGGGGAGGCUCGUUCAUGAAUAGAUAGUAAGAGUAAGCACAACAACACGGAGCAACAGCGCGCGCUGUAGAACUUAAGCCAUAUUUUUUCGAAGAAAGCGCCUUUCCCUGCUGUUGCAGCUCACAACCGCUGCUGCAUGCUGCUGAGUGGCCAUGUGAAGCCGAAUAACUCAUUCACUAACUCACUUACCUCGACGACGUUCUUCAACAUCCACAGAUUGAUUACUUUGCUGCUGGAGUGAGGGAGCAGGCAGGCAGGCAGGCAACAGGCAAAAAAACUGAGCGCUCCGCAAGCAACGAGGCAGACUUGUGGAGAGUCUGAACUGAAGACAUGAGACUGGGUAUCGCUUCUCGGCCUUUUGGCUAAGAUCAAGUGCCACAAGUCAAGAGGUGGACAUUGAAGAAGAAUUGGCACAGCAUCGUAGAGAGCAACACGAGAAGGGUGAGUUUAGCGUCACUUGUGGGACUUUUCUCCCUGUUAGGACCUGUCGGUACGACGACCAACGCCCACUGCCACAGGUAUCCUAACGGGGGAAGUGCUUUGGCUCUUGGCUUCGGCCACUAGCUAGGGCAUGGCCGAGGAGCUUGCUCCAAAGGGCAGUAGGCCCUCUGGGAGCAAAGAUCUAGUAUCCUUUAAUGAGUUAGAGAGCAGUUCUUGUGGAGAUACUGAUUCUGCCACAGAACGCCAACGUCUUGCCACGCAUCAAAAGAAAAUGCGUAAGUUUAGAGUACCGCAGGUACCCUCGUCUCGAAGAUCGAAACCUGUCCGUUUACCUCCCACAUCUGCCUCAGAUGUCGUGAGCCGCCCGUUGUUGCCCACAAGCGCCGCCGAAUCAACUCCCAGAAUUGCCACGGGAGAAAACAGCCGUCCGUCAAAAAGUCCCUCAAUUGCUACAGGAGCAGAAAGUCCCGUAAUCGCAACAGGAGGAAGAAACCGUCCCUAUGCUGUAGACCAGACAGGUCGUCCUCCCCGAAGCUAUGCAGCUGCUGCUACAAUCGCUCUCACGGAAGUUAUGGUGGGGAGGUCAGGUAACCUGAGAAGCAACCCACCCAUGGGAAGAGACAGGCCGCGAUCCAUCUGUGUCCACGCUACAGAUGGGCUGAUCGACUGCAGGGCCUUCAUUCAGAAGCUGGCAAAUAACGACCUCAAACCAACUCACCUCCAAAAGCUGCCAAAUGGGGACCUGGAAGUUACUUUUGCGUCGAUUGGGGACAGAGACCAGUUCCUUAGCCUAGAAUUUGUUCGUCGCCCGCGAAUACCAUGGAAGCCGGGUCUUCAGCAUCCACCCCCUGUAUGGGUUCGCAUCUUCCACGUUCCCGCGGAGCUGCUGCCGGAAAUUGUACAGAAGAGGAUGGAGAAUUUCGGUCGUGUCCUGUUUGCUAGGGAGAAUAUUCACCCUGGUACAGAUAUAGGAAAUUGUGCGAUGACCCUUAAAAUGGUCAUCAAAGAAGCCAUUCCUAGCUAUGUACACGUUGGUCCAUACUGUCUACUUGUUCGACAUGAGGCCCAGCCAAUGACUUGUCGGAGAUGUGACAGUAGGGACCAUUUCGCCGCCAAUUGCACCAUUAAAAGGUGCUUUAACUGUGGGUCUAAUGGCCAUAUCAAUGCCGACUGCCCCAAGGCCAGUCGCUGUCAGGGUUGUGGUUCGACUGAGCACCAUGUUGUUCAGUGCGAUGCCGCAUGGACUUCCGAGGCAAACAGGUACAUCGACUCCUCCUCUGCUGCCUCUACUGACGACGAAGCCGACAGCAUUUCCAUUCCAGAAACGCCGACUAACACCACCAUGGCCUACGAUCUGUCACUUCAGGAGGAUGGUCUGACCAACAAUUUGAAAGGGAAAGCAGCAGCGGCCCAAGAAUCCGCCCUUUCCGAAGAUGAGGAAGCAACAGCAGGCUCCCCGAAUUGCCCACCAGCUGCAAGUGAGAAAUCCAGCAGUGCUCAACCGUCACCAAGCUGGUGUGACCAAACUGAACGUGCCAACGCUGACCCGGUUCCAGAGAAGACAGUCGUCACCCACCUUCGCACAUUGCCGGAUGGUAGCAAGGGUACUGAAAAUCGCCUAAUUGCUGCUCCCGAGGAGCUGGCCAGCCUCCAGGACUCCACCACCCAAGAUGACAAUGGUCAAAUGGUGAAGAACUGGUAUGAUGCACCAACGCCUUCACCUGAGGGUAUGAACUCCUCUUUGUCUUUUUCUUCUCCUCUUCCCAUUUUUACCAAAUACUCUGCCGAGGCUGGCGCUCCAGCGGCUUCUAAGAGGUCCUUUCAGGACGACAGUGUCUCUGACAUUUCUGCCGUCCGGAGGCCCUCUACCAAAAAGAAGCCAAAAGGUCGUUCAGCUAGGCUCCCUGCCCCCUCUUAAUGCCGAUGAUUUUGGAACUCCCUCCCCCUGUGAGUAAUGGCAGCCAUUGAUAUAUUAUCAAUAAAUGUUCAUGGACUUAGGGACCCGCUUAAAUGCUCAAAUGUAGUGGACUGGCUCAAAACU